AUGUCGACAAAAAAAUCCAAGUUUAAUAAAGAUGAUAGUUUACCAAAUUUACCCUCAGAGAUAAUUGAUUGCAUACUCAAACAUAUUAAAGACCAGAAUACAUUAUUUUCAUGUUUGUUGGUCAAUAGGUUAUGGUGUAGAAAAGUUGUUCCAGUUUUGUGGGCGAGUCCUAAACCAUUAUUCAAUAGUAGUUAUGUCAAUAAUGGUAGUAAUAGAAAUGAUGGUGUUGAUAAGGUUGAAGGUGAUAUUAGUGGCAUUGGCGAAGAUAGUGUUCACAAUAAUAAUAAUUUUAAUUUAUUAAAUUUAUCAAAUCCUUUAUUUGAAUAUGCGGCAUUUUUAAAAGAGUUGGAUUAUAAUGUUUUACGUACAGCUGUUAGGAAAAGCUAUAAAAAUAUUGGAGGCAAAGAAUUCAGCAGAAAAAUCAAACCUUUGAAGCCAGAUUUAAACCCAACACGUCAAAUGACGGUUAUGAAAGCAUUGAUUAAGUUAUUUACGAGAUGUUCGGUUUUAGAUUCGGUUAAAUUCAAUUCUUUGCACGAUGAUAUACCAAAUUUUUUUUUAUUUGUUGAAGGUCAGCAUAGCUUGUCAAAUGUUAGUAAAUUACAUGUCAGCUCAUCAAGUGAUCUACCAAACACCUUAGCAUUACUUAAUAGGCUAUCUCUAUUGUGCAGCAAUAUACGUCAUUUAAUUAUCGAUUCCACAGAUUUAACUACCUCUGAAAAUUUAGCAGACAUUAUAAGGGCACAACAAAAUCUGAUCAGUCUAGAAUUACAUGGUAAUUUCAUCAAUGUGUCGCCGGUAUUCUUAUCGUUGGAAACGCAUAUAUCGACCUUAACCUCGAUCAAAUUUGUUGACAUUGAUUAUCAAUGGAAAUUGCUUGAAAUUUUAUCAAAAUGCAUAAACUUAAAAUCGUUAGAAGUUAUUUCAAAUAUCAAUAAUUUAAAUGAUGAAGAUCAAGACUCGGAAAAAGAGCUUAAUUUUGUUUUACCUCCAACAAUCUGCAAUCUUAAAUCGCUCAAAUUAAUCAAUCAAAAGUCGAUUUAUUCAUCUUUGAUCUUUCAAACUUCUGGUGGCUCUGUCAAAAAAUUAUCAUUAAACACCAUAAAUAAACGUGUGGUUGAUUCAAUUUUAAAGUUUUGUAGUGGUGUUAAUGAUCUAUCGCUUGACAUUUCAAAUACUCCUCACCAUGAUUUCUCUCAACAUUUGCGAUUGUUGAAAGGAUUAAGAUUGAUCAAUCUAAAAUUCACAUCUGACACAGCCAACGAUAUGGAUUUAUUAUUGCCUGAAAUAACACACAUUUUGCCAAAGUCUUUAUUAAACUUGGAUUUAGAAAAAGAAUUCACACUUGAACCUUUAGGAAAUUUUAUUAACUUGUGCAAAACUCCCAUAAAAGAAUUAACUGUGUUUCCUAAUGCUCCAAUUGAUAGUGAUUAUAUUAGUACAAUAAUCAAUUAUUCGAAAAAAAAUUCUUCGUUUAAGAAAUUGCAUCUAAACUUAUCUUGGGAAUCAAGUUUGAUUAAUGAUAGAUACACAAAAGGAAUAAUCAAAGAUCCAAUUGAUGAAUUAUUUACAAUUGAUCUUGAAAAACUCAGAGAUCAUGUUGUUUAG